UGAUCGUCAAACGCUAACUUCCGGUGGCUCUUAGAAUAGCAAGUUUUGCUAGCUCAUUGAAAUAUGUUCAAAGGAUUACACUACAACCCUUUUAAGUCUAAAUAAUAUACGUUGAUAUAAACCUACGCAGGUUAGAAAUUCUUUUUUAUUAUAAUUUCUCUGUGAGAGUCAACAUGUUUCAGAGCAGCACAGAUGAGGUAACCGACAGUGAGACCUCAGAAUGGGGACAAACCUGUGGAAGAAGAGGCUUAAAGGAAACCACCGCCUCAUCCUGCUGUCCCGCAUCCCUCUCCUCUGCUCCCUGUUACCGCAGUUCAGAGGUUGACACUCCCGCUACAACCAGUGCUCCACCCCAAUCCGGAAUAACCUCAGGUCAGAGCCAGAGUGAUAUCAGGCUGGGAAGGACAACCUCAUCGGUCCUCGUGUCUUCCUCCUCUGAAAGCUGUUCAGUUCGUUUCCCCGGAGGAACACCCAGGCUCAGGAGGACCCCGGGUUCGGCUGGCCCCACUGGAACAAGCAGCUCGUCUGCCUCCUCCACCUCUGCAGCCUCUGUGAUAGUAGCAAUAGUGGAAGGGCGAGGUUUGGCCAGAGGAGAGAUUGGCAUGGCCUGCAUUGACUUAAAAUGUCCAGAGCUUGUACUUUCUCAGUUUGCAGACACAGGGACAUAUGCUAAGGUUAUAACCAGGAUUCGCAUCUUAAUGCCUGUGGAAAUCUUGAUGCCAGACACAGCCAGUGAAAAGGGAAAAGGGACAAAACUCUUUAAGCUAAUUACAGAGAAUUAUCCGGGUGUAGCCAUCACUGCGAUCCAGAGGAAGUACUAUAAUGAGAAGAAGGGGCUGGAGUACAUACAACAGCUGUGUGCUCCUGAGUUUGCCACCGUUUUAAUGGAGGUUCAAGCAAAGUAUUAUUGCCUAGCAACUGCUGCUGCUUUGCUGAAAUACCUGGAGUUUAUCCAGAGCUCAUUUUAUGCAUCCAAGUCUCUAAAAGUGAUCUUUAAAGGGAGCGAACAGACGGCAAUGAUUGACUCAGCAUCUGCAGCUAACUUGGAGUUGGUGCUCAACAACAGGGACCACAGAAGUGAAUAUACUCUUUUAGGAGUACUGAAUCAUACAAAAACGCCAGGUGGACUGAGGAGGCUGCGCUCCAAUAUUUUGGAGCCUCUGCUUGAUGUGGACACCAUAAACACUCGCUUGGACGCCAUACAAGAGCUGCUGCAAAAUGAGGAGCUCUUUUUCGGCCUGAAGAAUGCCAUAGGUCAUUUCCUUGACAUUGAUCGGCUGCUCUCCGUUCUCAUUCAGAUCCCAAAGCAGGAAACGGUUCAAGCUGCUGAAUCAAAGAUCACGCAUGUCAUCCAGCUGAAACACACACUGGAUCUGGUGCCACAGUUAAGGACGGAGUUAAAGACAUGCAGCACAGCUCUUCUAAAAGCAUACAGCACUACGCUUGAGGACAACAGAUUCGAGUUGAUCCUUGAACAGAUCAAGACGGUGGUAAAUGAUGACACCACGUAUUUAAAAGGCAGCCUGAACAUGCGGACCCAGAAGUGUUACGCUGUGCGGCCCAACAUCAAUGAGUUCCUUGACAUUGCUCGCAGAGUUUACACUGAGAUUGUAGACGACAUUGCAGGACUGGUGAACCAGUUAGGGGAGAAAUACGGCUUACCAUUGCGCACCAGUUUCAGCACGUCUCGAGGGUUCUUUAUCCAGAUGAAGCUGGAUGGAGUGGUCUUACCUGAGGGCAUCCUCCCCCAAGAGUUCAUCAAGGUCAGUAAGUACAGGAACAACUACAGCUUCACUACUGCAAACCUAAUAAAGAUGAAUGGACGCUGCGAUGAGGCUCUGAGGGAAAUAUUUCACAUGUCUUAUGUGGUGAUAUGCCAGCUGCUAACCGGAAUCCAUGAGCACAUCCACUGCCUUUAUAAACUCUCUGACACUGUUUCCAUGUUGGACAUGUUGCUCUCGCUGGCCAGUGCAUGCACAAUCUCAGAUUAUGUGCGUCCAGAGUUUACAGACACCCUGGCCAUAAAGCAAGGUCGUCACCCCAUUCUGGAGCGACUGGCCCGACAGCAGCCGGUCUCGAACAAUAGCUACAUCUCCGAGGGCAGCAAUUUUGUCAUCAUAACAGGGCCCAACAUGAGCGGCAAAUCCACAUACCUCAAACAGGUGGCGCUGUGUCAGAUCAUGGCCCAAAUAGGCUCUUUCGUCCCAGCGGAGUAUGCCUCGUUCCGGAUCGCUGAUCAGAUUUUCACCAGAAUUGGUGUUGAUGAUGACUUUGAAACCAACUGCUCCACCUUCAUGUUGGAAAUGAAGGAGAUCUCGUAUAUUAUACACAAUGCGAGUGACAGGUCACUGAUCAUCAUAGAUGAACUGGGGCGUGGCACUAGUGCUGAGGAAGGCAUUGGAAUCUGUCAUGCAGUUUGUGAGUUCCUCCUUGGCCUAAAGGCCUUCACUCUGUUUGCUACACACUUUUUAGAGCUCUGUCAGCUGGAGUCUCUCUAUCCUAACGUGGAAAACCAGCACAUGGAGGUUCAGCACACACGCAGCAGAGACUCUGGCACAGAGCAAGUGGUGUAUACAUAUCUGCUGAGUCGAGGGUGCUAUGAGGAAAAGCACUAUGGUCUGAGAGCCGCUGAGAUGACCUCACUUCCUCCUAGUAUAAUCCAAGAGGCGAAGUCAAUGGCCUCUAAAAUCAGCCAGCAGCUUCUGGCCAAAUAUCCCACUGAUCCAGAAACACAGAGACAGAGAGCAGUGUACCGCCUGGCCACUCGCCUAUUGCAGACUGCCAGAAAUUCAAGACUUGACCCAGAGAGCCUGCGCAUGUAUCUGAAAGGACUGAAGAGGCAGUAUGAGGCGGAGUUGCAGGCUGCAAGCCCAGCAAGACCCACAGACUCCGGGGAUUAGCCAGUAUGUGACUGGAAGGAAUGAAGGACUCUGUCCUUCAAAAAGGGAGACGAAUACAAGAAAUACAUUUCUCCAUUGAUUGUUAAUUGGUAAUUAUACAUUUUCCUUAGGUUAUAUGUGUCUCUUGGUUGUUUAUGUAACUCUGUUGUGCUUUGAUUGAGCUGUAAACUGUCCAGGGUCUAUUCUUCCACUCAAAUACAUGCAGUUGUAAAGAACAGAUAGAUAUAUUCAUUAUUUAUUUGAUAGGUUAUCCUGUUUAGAAAGGAAAACACACCUUUAUUACUAUAAUAGUUUGUCUUAUUGUGUAUUUCUGUUAAAUUGUUGUAAAAGAGAUAUUUAAUGAACAGAUUCUUUCUCAUGAUGAAAAUAAACGGUCAC